AUGCUUCAACCCAACGCCAAAUUACGUCGCCUUGUGUUGACGGGCUCGGUUGCGGCAAUCACUGCCACGGGGGCUUGGUACGGCGCUGGCAUCAAAACACGACAAGAAUACAAUGCUGAACAACGCGCUCGAGCUGAAGCAUUGCCCGUAGAUAGGGUGGCUCAACUCAAUCAAGCCAGAGAGUCCCUCAUGGCCACGAAAGCUGGUCUCGAAGGAAAGAUAGCCCAGCUGGAACGUCGUGGGGCGGACAAGAACGACAAGGACUCUCUCCAAGCCAACGACUCUCACGAAACCUAG